AUGUAUUGUCCGCUAGCUGUACAUUUAGAUUAUGAUCCACCAAUUCCGAAUACAACAGCACCAGUUGCAACUACUUCAGAUUGUGUUUUGUCUCAUAAUGGAUUUCUGGGCCGAUCCGAUCUGAUUCAGACAGUUUGUCAGCUUUAUGAUGUGGUGCAGGGUGAACGUGUUCACUCACGGAAAACAGCCCUUAUUCAACAUGGUUCUCCUCUUCAUCCCUAUAGUGUUUGUAAUCCAAAUUACGGUGGUCAUGAGUUGUGUUUGCCAUUAGCUGUGGAUUAUGUUUCAUCCGAUUUCGCACCUCCGACAAUGGCACAUCACUUUUACUAUCUUCAUAUACGAGAUGCGAAAAUUCCUACUUCUCUGAAAAAUGAUAUUUACCGCCAAUUGUAUCAUACGUCACCUUUUGACCUUCUCUCCAAAUAUACUGAGUUACGGAAUCGUUUUGACUUAGUACCAUUGAAAAAAUGUCGACCAUUAAUGCUAGCUAUUCUAAAUUUUUGGAUUCAGCGAUGUAAACUGCUGAAAAUGUGUCUAGAUGCUACAGAAUUUUUUCCGAUUCGAUUACAAUGGACUGAUUCAGUGUUUGAAGGUACGAGACUUGAGCGUGAUCAGCUGUCGCAGAAGUGGGAAAUUGGACGUAAGGUUUGUGAAUAUGGUUGGGCUAUUGAAAUGGUGCGUGCUGAACGUGUACCGGCAUUUGCUGAAAAUUGUCCGUUGAUCUUUGUGGGUGAUAAUACGUCUACACGAUUGGCACGUUAUAUCGAGUGGGGUAAGCGAAUGAAUGAAAUAGAUGGACGAUUUCUACAACAGUUUGGAAUCGAUAGCUGGAAACUAGAAGAAUUUGAACGAAUGUCCACUUUGUUUCUGUUUUUGCAGAAAAUUCAUUUUGGUAAUGGAUGCGUUGCAAUAGUACUGUCAUCAGGAGCACAUGAACUAGCUGAAGGAGUGGCACCGUCGAAAUACGGCAAACUUCUGGAAGAUAUACUUCUGUAUUUGUUACAGUUCCAGUUGCGAAUUCUCGUGAUUCCACCGACGCCUCGUGCGGAAAAUCAGUUUCUUUGGUUCCAGUAUGUGCAACAACAAAUUGAACUUAGCGUCAAAUUAUCGAGCGUUGAAUUUUUGAUUCGGCCGGCUCAUCAAGCGAAUGAUCGCUGUUUUCUGGAUGCUCUUAUUAUAGGAAGUCGUACAUUGGAUUCAUUUAUGUGUGACAAUGCUGGUUUUACUGAUUUUGGAAUCAAGAAACUUGGUUUUUUUCUGAUUGAGGUGAUGCAAAUUCCAAGGACCGGUUAUAAUGGACAAAUUUCAAAGCAUGAAGUGACAACUGCAACAACUUCAAGACAAGAUGAUACAAUCUUUACACACGAUUAUCACAGAGAAAGUACUGCUGAUGUAAACCAACGAUCACUGAGGUUGGUUGAAGCACAAGCUAAGGUCUGGUAUCAGCCAAAUAUUAUGAACCCGCUAAAAAUUUUUCGACUUUACCCUCAGUGGCAUGUACUGACUUACUAUCAACCAGUUUUAUAUCUUAAGUGUUAA